GCUCCUGAAGGGGGAAGGGGUUGGGCUCGCGCCUGUUGUUCCUGUGGGGUCCGGGGGUUCUCGCUUGGCGCCAAGGAUGGCGAGCGGGGGGAGCCGCGAUCGUCGCGGCGGCGGCGGCGGGCGGCGAAUGGGGGAGCCGAUGCCCGUGGGAGCGCCAGUCCCGGUAGAGCAGGCCGUGCUGGAGACGUUUUUCUCUCAUUUAGGCAUCUUCUCCUACGACAAGGCCAAGGACAACGUGGAAAAGGAGCGCGAAGCCAAUAAGAAUGCCGGGAGCAGUUGGCUUUCGCUCCUGGCAGGACUGGCCCAUCUGGCGGCGGCUGAAAAAGCCUACCAUAACAUGACCUUCCUGGGCCAGAAGCUAGGUGGGCAAUCAUUCUUCAGCCGGAAGGAUUCUAUACGAACUAUAUAUACAUCUCUGCAUAAUGAGCUAAAGAAGGUGGUAGCAACUGGUCGGAAUGCAGUGGGAGGAACAGCUCCUCACCUUGAAGAACUACUCUCUCAUCUUUCUGAGCAGCUCUGCUUCUUUGUCCAGGCUCGGAUGGAAAUUGCUGACUUUUAUGAAAAAAUGUACAGCCUCAGUACUCAAAAGUAUAUAAACUCUGAGGAACUGAUAAAUGUUUUAGAAUCCAUCCUCAAAAGAUACAGCUCAAGAUUUCAUCACCCAAUCCUUAGUCCUCUGGAGGGCAGUUUCCAGUUAGAAACUGAUGUGCUUAUGCAUCUUCUGAAGGCUCAGGCCCAGAUCUCUGAAUGGAAGUUCCUGCCAUCCUUGGUCCACUUGCACAAUGCUCACACCAAAUUGCAGACAUGGGGACAAAUUUUUGAGAAGCAGCGCGAAACAAAGAAGCAUCUUUUUGGUGGCCAGUCUCAGAAAACUGUUCAACCUCCACACCUUUUCCUGUGGCUAAUGAAACUGAAAAAUAUUCUCCUUGCCAAAUUUAGCUUUUAUUUUCAUGAGGCACUUAGUCGACAAACAACCCUAUCUGAAAUGAAAACUUUGACUGCAAAAGCUACUCCUGAUUAUUUUGGGAAAAUCUCUAGCUUCAUCAGGAAAUACGAUGCUGUUAAUGUUUCAUUAAUCUUUGACAAUCGUGGCUCAGAGAGCUUUCAGGGACAUGGUUAUCAUCACCCACAGUCCUAUAGGGAAGCCCCAAAGGGUGUAGACCAGUAUCCAGCAGUGGUAUCGCUACCCAAUGACAGGCCUGUCAUGCACUGGCCUAAUGUCAUCAUGAUUAUGACUGAUAGAGCUUCUGAUCUGAAUACUUUGGAAAAGGUUGUCCAUUUCUUUGAUGACAAAGUUCAGAGCACAUACUUCUUAACACGACCUGAACCUCAUUUUACCAUUGUGGUUAUUUUUGAAUCCAAAAAGUCUGAAAGAGACUCUCAUUUUAUCUCUUUCCUCCAUGAAACUUUCUAUUCCCUUAAGAAUGCCAAAGCUUUUGCAAGCCUGAAGCCAGGAUCCAAAGGAUAAGAGGACUAUUAAGACAAGAUAGACAACAGUAACACAAGAAGUUCUAGGCUUCCUCAAAUAACCAUUUGUACAUGUUGUCAUUAUUUAAAAAGUAUUUUAAUAAGUAUUUAAUGAUGAAAAUUAAUUAUUAAACAUUUUUGGAAUGAAAAAUCAGAAUUGUAUAGAGUUGAAUGGGAACAUGCAAAUUACAUAAAGGUGCACUAAAAUUAUCAGAGUUUUGAUCAACUUUUUUUUCUCUGUGACCCUCCCUUGUUCUUCCUAUAUGCACUUUAUCUUUUGUUACUUCUUUGUUUAGGGUCUGCAGAAAAUUUGGUUUCAAAUUUUCAACCCAGAGCCCACUUUCUUCUCUUAAAGUGUUUUUCAGUCAUAGUCACUGGAAAAUGCUAGAACUUAGAAAGAAAUAAUUGCAAUAAAUUAAAUGCAUUGUAAAUUGAAGUAUUUUGUUUUUCCAUUGUGUCUGCACCUUUCAGAUAGUUUGGUUUGUCAUUCUGUAUUUUCCUAAUGUGAUACAGAUCUAAAAGUAAUUAUUCUGAAAUUCCUUACAUUUACAUAUUGUAUAAGAGAAAUUGUUUUGAGCAUUUUAAAACUGCAACAUUACUGGCAAGGUUGAGCAGCAGUAAUUUUCAAUCCUAAACUAAGUGAUGAGGGUUAACAAGUGGAAUUUUUCAUUAAAUUAAUGACUUUGUGUAAUUAAAUUUAAAUGUUAAUAUUUAAAAAUAAGAAUGGAAAAAUAAAAGCAUGAGGAUAUGUAAAAUAAUGCAGAAGGAACUGUAUAGUAUUAUAAAAAUCUGAUAAAAUGUCUACCAGAGCAAAAAUUAAAAAUCAGAAUUAGUAUUUUAAAUACUAACUGCUAACUAAAAUAAUGCUGUUUUGGCUCUGUUUGGAUUAUUGUAUUUCAGAUUAAAUUAUGUAUGAAAACA